AUGGCUGUUGGGAGGAUUAUCGGCAGCUUCUUUCAAUAUGCUUCUAUCUCGAUAGCAGCUGCUAUCGGGCUGUAUGCAACACUGCUAGCACUGCUCACCAUAUCCACGCUUCAAUCCCAUGCAGUAUACCUCCACGCCAUACAGAUGACAUGGUUUAAGGACCUUGACGUUCCGGAAAAUUUCGGCUUCUUAAAGAAUCAAGUUACUCCCUUCUCAAUCAAGACUCCCGACGGGGAGCGUUUAUACGCCUGGCAUAUCCUCCCAAUCGAAUUAUAUCGCAAGCAUGAGCAGUCUCUUAUUGCAGAGCCGGUUGGUUUUGUUUCGGAUUUCACGUCUAGAAUCGCAUUUCAACUGUUACGCGACGAUCCUGACGCUCGUUUGAUUCUUCACAUGCAUGGUGCUGGGGGUACUGUCGGUUCAGGAUACAGAGUCCCAAAUUACCGUGCAUUAUCCGCCGGUCAGCCAGGCAAAAUUCAUGUCCUGACAUUUGAUUACCGUGGAUUCGGAAAAAGCACCGGCUCACCAUCUGAGGAUGGUCUUAUACUAGACGCUCACGCUGUUGUUGACUGGGCUAUGAAGAUCGCAGGUAUCCCUCCCUCUCGAAUCCUAAUCUUUGGCCAGUCUAUGGGUACUGCAGUGAGCAUCGCUGUCUCCGAGAAGCUUGCAAUGCAGUCUCCACCAGUGGUUUUUGCAGGCACAGUUCUUAUUGCACCGUUCGUCGAUUGUGCAACGUUGGUUUCAACUUAUCGCGUGGCAGGAGUAAUUCCAAUACUCUCUCCGCUUGCAAGUUUCCCUUUGCUUUUCAACUACCUCCGUCGCCUUAUACAGGACCAGUGGCCAAGUAAAGACCGCAUCGCACGGUAUAUUCGCUCCAAUGAAGUUAAUGGUGAGAAAUACCGCCUCGCGAUCAUACACGCCCAGGACGAUUAUGACAUUCCAUGGCACCACACGGAAGUUGUCUUCUGGCACGCAGUGAACGCUUCGAUACCCACGGGUAUAAGCUACGAAGAACUCGAAGUAAGGAAGUUGGACUCGCAGGUUGAUCUGGGUGCUGCCGGCUCAAUCAUGGAAUGGAGAACGGAUAAUGGUGUGAUCCGGGAAGAAGUAUUGAAAACUGGCUUACAUGAUGUUAUUAUGGGUUAUCCAAUUGUCACUAUGGCCGUUAUGCGUUUUUUCGAAGCGGCAGAUCCAUCCUUUACAUGCUGA